UCAGCGCCCCUUAUUUUUAUAGACGUUAGAGUUUACGACCUAAAGCUAAAAUUAGACGCAAAGCGAAACGAUUUCCAGCGUGAUUCGCUAGGGUUCAGAGAGCAGGUGAAUUGUUCAAUCAUUUCAGGGUUUCCAGUGAAUAUCAGCAAUAAAAUCAUAUUGAGUCCUUGCCUGCCUCUACAUGAUGGAAGCUGUACAGAAGGAGAGACUGUCAGCAUUGUUGAGGCAGCUGGUGCCACUGAGGGAGGGGGAGGACAACCAGCUACACAAGGCAGCAGAGACAGGAGAUCUGGAGAGUUUAAGACAGCUGGUAGAAGGUGAUAUGAAAGGGCAGAUUGACAGUAAGAAUCAUCUUGGCUGCACACCACUGAGGCUAGCAGCAGCGAAGGGUCAUGUGGACUGUGUGCAGUACCUGGUCUCACAAGGUGCAGGGCUGGAGGUGGCAGACAUCAAGUCACAGACCCCCUUGUAUGCAGCGGUGCGAAGGAAACACCCAGACUGUGCUGAGGUUCUGUUGAAGGCUGGUGCCGCCCCUAACGGUGACCCGAAUAACCUCGCCACACCUCUGUUCAGGGCGGCUCAAGAUGGCUGCCUCCAGUGCAUGAAAGUGCUGAUCCGAUACGGAGCAGAACUUAACUUCUCCAAACCCAUCAUGGAAGAGGGCGCUCUCUGCAGUACUGUACUGUACAUCAGCUUGAUUUACAAACAUUUUGAAUGUUGUAAGUUACUGCUCUGCUCCGGUGCCGACCCAGACUUCCACAUCAGAAAGAAGUUGAAGCUAACAAACCUGGCAAGAGAAAAGUCCCUUCUACGAGCUGUAGUAAGGCAUGAUCUACCUGUAGAGUUUGCCCAACUACUCAUAGAGUUUGGAAUCAACAGGUUCCAAAGAGACUCUGGUGGAAAGACAGCAGACAGCGACUCGGAGAAUGAAAGUGCCAGAUUUAUCCGACUGAGUUUAGCGGCUCCACUUCUUCUGCAGUCACAGUGCCGAAUUGGAAUCAGACGAUGUCUUGGACCACACAGACUCCAACAGAUUCCAGCACUUCCCCUGCCAACCAACCUCAAAAACUUUCUCCUGUUUGCUACCUAAUAAAUAUUUUCAUGUCAUUAAGUGGGCCACAAUGUUUGAUACGGAUGUUCCCACCCAUGUGAUAACUUGCUGUAUCACACAGGGUUCUGACAGUUAUCACACUGGCUUCCAAAUGUUCCAUGGAAUAAUUUGAAUGCAUUUUGCGUGUGCUGUGUGCACUGCUUUCAAAAAUUGAUGUUACAAUUUUUGGUACAUUGAAAUGUGUGCUUUCUCUGGGGUAAACAUAAUUACCAAAAUUGCAGUGAGAACUUCCUAUUAAAGAGACUUAAAAUGAAUAUCUUUGACAAUUUCAUAUGCAGUAGAUAAAUGCAGAAACUUACAAAUUUAAGACAAACUUAAAAAUACAUGACAUGUAUCAAACACUAAGCCUGUGGAAUCAACUUGGCAUAAAUGACACCUUGCAAUAUUGCUAUGAACUGCAUGUGAGUAACAUCUCCAGUCUUACCAAUUGCCCCAUACCUCAGUCAGCGCCCAUGGAAUUUUGGAAUAUCCUCAAGCAGAUUUCUGUCCCCACUAGGCUAGCGCUAUGAGGGCAUCUAGUGGUUGGUUUUAGGUAGUGCAGCUACUAGGCUCACUUAAAACUUAUUGUAAAGUCGACCAUUGAAUUGCACUUUCAAAUAAAGCGAGGAGUAAGAAAGGCUCACUGGCCAGAAAAUUGUAUUUUGCACGAUUGGUUGUCUCUAUUGAUGAGAUUAGUGUACUGUAAAGGAUAUCUGACAGUUCUGAUUGGUUGAUGAAGAAGAUUUAAUCAGGAAUGGUAAUUAAAGCUGUCCACCGUAGACUUUGACAUUUGAAACUAUGACAUCACAGGCAAGCACAUAAUUGUGUAAUCAGUAGCAAAAAUAUUGAAGUCAUAAUGUUUUUUUCA